AUAAGCUAGGUGAUGGAAUUUCCAAAGUAAAAGUCGAGUUUUGUUUUUUGGUCCAAGAAAACUUCUCUGUAGAAUUGCUGGAUAAUUCUCCAGUUUUUUCCUUUCCAUCAUCUUACUGUUGGUGAAUUUCUUCCAUACAUCAGCAUAGUUCAGAAAAAUGACGUCGUUUGUCCUUGUGUGGAUGAUGAUGACGUUGGCUGUGAUGUCGACAUCAGCGUCUCUGUCGAAUCAUGCGACGCAUCAGAGACCACUCCGUAAAUCUGGCUGGGGACGGGUUCUGACUGCGGAAGACAAAGACUCCUCGUUUAUUGUUGAAAUCGUGGCCAUUUUAGAUGAUGGUAUUCAAAUCGCCGAUCCUGGUUGCCUCAUAUCAGAAAGGUGAGACAUCGACAUUUUUAUUUUUACCGUUCAUUAAAUCUGGAG